AACGAUAUUAUUUAUCUUAUUUUCCGUGUUAAUGUUUGGCCAUGCCAUAUUAAUAUAUUAGACUCUCGCCUAUCAUAAAUGGUAUCGAAGAGUGGUCAUUCCUAAUCACCAUUUGUAUACAUUUGGAACUAAUAGAAAUGGCAAAAAGGGAAAAAUUGCUCUCGCAUUCGACAAUAACGAGACUUGUGUUUUGCACCAGCGAAGUUUCUUAAUACUUUUAUAGAAAGCAAAGAGUGGCUGCCAUGAUAGUGCUCAGUUUCAUUCUAUAGUAUAGGCUAUUACUAUUAUUGUUCAUUAAGUCAAUGGGCGAAACACGUUCACUCUGGCCAUGUACACGCUUUGCCCGAGACCUAAAAGGCACGACAACAGAACAGCUAUUACUGUUACGUAAUGAACGGAAGUUUUGCAUUCUUUGACUUUUGGAACCUUGCAUUCCCGAGGCCGUGGUGCAUAAGUACUUACUACCUCCGCGGAAUAGGCUAGGCCUAGUCAUGGCUCGUUUUUUGGCUGCAAGCUUCGGUCCUCUCUUCAGCAUUGUAUCUGCCGCUGAAAGGGUGAAAUCCAACGGAUGGGGCUCGAAUAUUGCGUGGAUGAGCCUCCACGAAGGCAUGCAAAAGGUCUAUACGGAGAAGAAACCCAUGAUGUUGGUAAUUCACAAGAUGACUUGUCCGGCUUGCGUCCACCUCAAGAGGAAAGUCUCCAAUAGCUCUGAGAUUCAGGCCUUGAGCAAGAGCUUCGUCAUGGUCAAUCUGGAGUACUUUGAAGCUCCCAGAGACAAAGAUUUCCACCCGGACGGGUUGUACAUCCCUCGGAUUCUGUUCUUUGGGACGGAUGGUAAAGUGAUGAAAGACAUUGUGAACAAUCCGCAAGCCCAGUAUAAGUACAACUAUCCGAAUGAGGUGAACGUCGCUACCAGCAUGAAGAAAGUGCGAGCGAUCCUGAAAGAACGAAGAAGUUGAGAAUUUUGAGUGGGUCUUCCUGAACAGUGCACUUUCAGAAUUUAAACUUUAGUAGCGUAUAAAAAAUGUAUAACGUUUUAGAAUAAUGUCAUCUACUGGCGAAGUCAUUACAUCGUCACAGAAAUGAGAGUAACCUCAACUGUGACGAUUGCCUCCCAUUAUUAACAAAUGGGAAUUAAUGUUUAUGCUUUUAUGCAUUCAUGUGUGUAUGUGAACACCCGGCUGUUAACACGCGCACACACACACACACACAAACACACACACAC